GAUUUCAACCAUUUUAAAGUAAAUGGAACAAAAAAAGCUUUUACACCAAGCUUCUUUUCAUUCCUGUUUAAUUCUAUAUUUUUAGCAAGUUUUGAUAUCUAUAGAAAAGAAAGUAACCUUUGUUUAAAUACAAAUCCAUUUUCUUAGAAUAAUAUAUUACAUAUACAAUGUAGGACUAAAUUUGCAGAUCCAGUGCCAAAUACUCUACGUAGGCAGUUUAACAAGGACUUCCUGUUACCGACUAGCUCCAAUGAAAAUGAUCUUCCUUUAAUCUAAAGAAUAGGCGUCUGACAGGCAGAACCGGAUUCUCCAGGUGUGAAGUAAGCAAUCUAUUUUCACUUGCUAUUAACAACAAAAGUACAACUUUUAUCUCUUAUUUGACUUCAUUAGUUGGCUUUCAAUUUACAACAUGAAAACUAUACAGAAAUUAGCCUGUGCCCUAUAAGACAGAGAUUUAGAUAAUUUGUUCAAAACAUUACAUGAGAUGAUAUUCAGAUAUUCUCUCAAAGGCAGGACUCCAACACCGCAGGUGGAAAACCAACAAAAGGAAGAAGACAGAAAGGAGGAAAGGGAAGAUGAAAGACCGACUUCAAGAACUAAAACAGAGAACAAAGGAAAUUGAACUCUCUAGAGACAGUCAUGUAUCAACUACAGAAACAGAGGAACAAGGGGUGUUUCUGCAGCAAGCUGUUAUUUAUGAAAGAGAGCCUGCAGCUGAGAGACACCUACAUGAAAUCCAAAAACUACAGGAAAGUAUUAACAAUUUGGCAGACAAUGUUCAAAAAUUUGGGCAGCAACAGAAAAGUCUGGUAGCUUCAAUGAGAAGGUUUAGUCUACUUAAGAGAGAGUCUACCAUUACAAAGGAGGUAAAAAUCCAGGCAGAACACAUCAACAGAAGUUUGAAUGAUUUAGUUAAAGAAGUUAAAAAGUCAGAGGUUGAAAAUGGUCCAUCCUCAGUGGUCACAAGGAUACUUAAAUCUCAGCAUGCUGCAACGUUCCGCCAUUUUCAGCAAAUCAUGUUUAUAUACAAUGAUACAAUAGCAGCAAAGCAAGAGAAGUGCAAGACAUUUAUUUUGCGUCAGCUUGAAGUUGCUGGAAAAGAGAUGUCUGAAGAAGAUGUAAAUGAUAUGCUUCAUCAAGGAAAAUGGGAAGUUUUUAAUGAAAGCUUACUUACAGAAAUCAGUAUCACUAAAGCACAACUUUCAGAGAUUGAACAGAGACACAAGGAACUUGUUAAUUUAGAGAACCAAAUAAAGGAUUUAAGGGAUCUUUUCAUUCAGAUAUAUCUUUUAGUAGAGGAACAAGGAGAGAGCAUCAACAAUAUUGAAAUGACAGUGAAUAGUACAAAAGAGUAUGUUAACAAUACUAAAGAGAAAUUUGGACUAGCUGUAAAAUACAAAAAAAGAAAUCCUUGCAGAGUACUGUGUUGUUGGUGCUGUCCAUGCUGUAGCUCAAAAUAAAGAAGCUAUUUUAAAA